AAAUAACGAUGCAAUUGAUUGUUAAAUAUACAAAAAUCUUAUUGAGCGUUAACAAAAAAAAAAUAGUAACUUUACGUACUUAACGUACAUACUUAAAAGUUAAAAAACAAUGGGAUUUGCUUAAAUAUGGAUUUGCAUCCUUCGUAAAUUUACUAAGCAGUGACUUAAUAUUUUGCGUGAUAUUACAUGUAUAUGUAUUUUACUUUAUUUCUAUUUUGUUGUUGCCAUAUCAGCGAUUUAAGCUUAUUUGUACUGUUCUAAAUUAAAUUAAAACAAACCAAAAAAAUGUAUGUUAAUGUUAUAAAACUAAAACUCACUUUAUUCUUCUAAACCUAAUGGUUUGUAUGAUUGUAUUUAACGUCUAAAUUGUGUUUGGUUACUUACAGAAUUUCUCAGGUUAAUAAUAUAUAUAUAAGUGGCAUAAUAUUCAUAAAAAUCACAGGUUAAAAUAUGCAUCAUUUAUUAAUGCUAUUAUUAUUGUUAUAUGAGGUCUUUACUUAACUUUGUUAUACUUUUAUCAUGCUUAAUAACGUGACUUAUGUUAAUAAAACGCGUUGGAAAAAAGAUUUUCAUUUUAUUAAUGUUUUCUAUUUUCGCUUCAAAAUAUUGAUCAACUGUUAAUACGAAUGCAAAAAAAAGGUAAAAAAUACUUAUAAUAUGGUAGUUGUUUUGUUUAAUGUCCUGCUUACAACAAUUUAGGAAUAAAUUUCACUUUACUAAUUUUUCCUUACUUUCAAAAUGAGAAAAAUCAAUUUUUUUAUGUGGUGCCCCAAAAUAUUCCAGAAAAAAUACAUUUGCUGCUUUUUACCAUUCUGUUCUCAAUUCAAAUUACAAUAGACACUCGACAGUGUGAAUAAGACAUCAUCGAGUAUUGACUAUAUUUUAUAAUAUUUCUCUUUAGUAGCAGUUUUUAAGUGGAACUGCUUCCGCAUAUUGUGCAGAAGUCUGCAUAUUUUUUUGCUGUCACAAAAUUCUACUAAUAUUAAAAAAGAAUUGUUUGUUUAGCCAGUGAAUGAGUAUUAUAAUUCGUUAUUAGAAUAAUGUUUAAAGUAAUUUGUAUUUAUGUACUGAUUUUUUCGUUUCCAUCGGAAUUGUUUGCAAAAUUGUUUCGCAAUAAUGAAAUAAAAUUUCAUUGUGUCGGACGGAAAUAUGAAAACGUGUCAAUGGCUGCAUAUUAUCCAAAAUAUAAUUACGAAAUUGAUAACGAAGAAGAUAUAAAAGACGAUAAUGGACAAACUUUACAGACACUUCAGGAUUAUCUCGACGACAGAGCAGAUUUUGUAACGCUAGCCAUGGACAAAAAGUUGAAAUUGCCCUACGGAACUCCCGUGUGCAUUCCAGAAUUAAAUGAGCACUUCGGUCAUAAAAUAAGAUUUGAAAUACGAGAUUCGGGAAGCGAUCUGGAUAAUAUGGGAUUUCAUAGGGUUGACGUCUGUGUUAGAUCGGAAAUAGACAGUUAUGAUAAAUAUGUUAAUAGAAAAGUAACACUGAUAAUUGAAGAAUAUUAAUACUUUUUUAUUUAUAA